CAGUCAGGCAGCCUCUGUACUCCAGCUUAGCGUUCAGUUAGGAACAGGCGCCCCUCGAGCCCCUCUCGCACAUCUCUCCUUGUUUUCAUUUGGAAGUUUGGUUGGAACCAAAGAAAUAAGCAGCCAUGGAUGCCAUCAAGAAGAAGAUGCAGAUGCUCAAGCUCGACAAGGAGAACGCCUUGGACAGAGCAGAGCAGGCUGAGUCAGACAAGAAAGCAGCGGAGGACAGAAGCAAACAGUUAGAGGACGAUAUAAGAGAGUUGGAAAAGAAGUUGCGCGCGUCUGAGGACGAGAGAGAUAAAGUGUUUGAGGAGUUCCAAACUGCUGAGGAGAAGCUGCUGACCGCUGAGGAGGUCGCCACCAAGCUUGAGGACGAUUUGCAAGCGCUGCAGAAGAAGCUCAAGGGAACUGAGGAUGAGUUGGACAAGUACUCUGAGGCGCUUAAAGACGCCCAGGAGAAACUUGAGCUGGCUGAGAAGAAAGCCGCCGAUGCUGAGAGCGAUGUCGCUUCCCUUAACAGACGCAUCCAGCUGGUUGAGGAGGAGUUGGAUCGUGCACAGGAGCGUCUGGCAACUGCCCUGACCAAGCUGGAGGAGGCAGAGAAGGCUGCUGAUGAGAGCGAGAGAGGCAUGAAGGUCAUUGAGAACAGGGCCAUGAAGGACGAGGAGAAGAUGGAGCUGCAGGAGAUCCAGCUGAAAGAGGCCAAACACAUCGCUGAGGAGGCUGACCGCAAAUAUGAGGAGGUGGCUCGUAAGCUCGUCAUCAUUGAGGGAGACCUGGAGCGCACAGAGGAGCGCGCUGAGCUGACAGAGAGCAAAUGCUCUGAGCUUGAGGAAGAGUUGAAAACUGUGACCAACAACCUGAAGUCACUGGAGGCCCAGGCUGAGAAGUACUCACAGAAGGAGGACAAGUACGAGGAGGAGAUCAAGGUCCUCACCGACAAGCUGAAGGAGGCUGAGACUCGUGCUGAGUUCGCUGAGAGAUCCGUAGCCAAGCUUGAGAAGACCAUCGACGACUUGGAAGAGAAACUCUCACAAGCUAAAGAAGAGAACCUCGAUAUGCACCAGAUGCUGGACCAGACUCUAAUGGAACUGAAUAAUUUGUGAAAGCACGGUCCGACCCCAUCACACACUGUGGUUUUUGGCUUUUUGUCCUUGCACCUUGCUUACCGUAAACCUCUCCUCGUACCUUGUCCGUGGGGGAGGAACAAACAGCCAGAUGCUAUUCCCAUCGCACCGCCCUGCCUUCAGCAGAACCUGACCAAGGAGCAGAGCUAAAGGGAAGUAAACCCUAACCAUUACUCCCUUUGAUGAUCUGAACUCACCAUUGUUUUUGCCAGCCAGUUUCUAUGAUUAUGAUUAUUUCGUUUGUGCCAUCGGGUUCAUUAUUGUUUUCCACAUCUGCAUUUAAGCUGAUCAGGUACGCUCCAUUAGACAUUGAUUAUGCACAUACCAAAGGAUUAAAGUGGAGAAAUUUUGCACUUAAUAUAAAAACCUCAACAAUAUGAACAUUGUGCAUACUGUAAGACAAUGUGUUAAAAAAUACAUGCCCAGCUCCCAGAAAGUCUACGUAUACAUUGACUGCACCAGUCAGUAUGUAUACUGGUGCUACUGUACUGUAAAGCAAUGUCUUAAAAAACACAUCACAUUAUAGUCUUAGUUUUCUUUAAAAAAUAGCAUUUUCCAAAAAUGUGUUCAUCUUGUCUGUAAAGUAUAAUUUCAGUCAUCUGGUUGUGCAACGUUUUAGCAUUUAUUUCAAUGUAGAUGUUUCAAGUGUUUAUCAUAUCUGAAAUGUACAAAUUAGAAAAUAAAAGCACGUUUUAAAAGUUU